AAUAAAAAUAAUCUUAUUAAAGAAUAUUUUAAUAAUACUUAUUAUUAUAACAAGAUUAUUGUUAAGACGAUGUCUACUAAAUUAAAUAAACUUUCUAACGAAAAAAGUCCAUAUUUAUUGCAACAUGCGACAAAUCCUGUUGAUUGGUAUCCAUGGGGCAAGGAAGCGUUUAAGACAGCUAAGGAGGAAAAUAAAUUAAUAUUUUUAAGUGUCGGAUAUAGCACUUGUCAACCAGGAUUUCCAUCCAUUCUUAAAAGAAUAUCAGCAUUGUGGAAACAAAAACCUGACGAAUUAAGAAAAGCUGGCGAAGAAACAAUUCAACAAUUACAAAAUUUAAAUAAAUCAGAAGGAGGCGAGCUUUCUAAAGAAUUAAAUGUUAAAAUUGCCAAUAAACUAUAUCAAAAAUAUUUGAAUUUGUUUGAUGAAAGCCAAGGUGGAUUUGAUGAUGAGCCAAAAUUCCCAACACCUGUUAACCUUAACUUCUUAUUACGUUAUUAUUACUAUCAAAUGUCUGAACUUGAUAGAUCAUAUGAAAAUUACCCGACAAUAUCAAUUAAUGAAAUUAAAAGAAUCGGCAAUUCAUUAGGGAUUGAUUUUAAAGAUUUGCAUAAUGAAGAUGAGUACGUUAAUAGAUUUAAAUCAACUGUUGAGAAUCGUAAAAAUAAUGCACAAAAGGCUUUGGAAAUGGUUAAAUUCACAUUAAAGCUUUAUGACCAAGCACAAUUGCUAAUGAAUUUAAGAGAUUCUAAGUGCGGUGGAUUUUAUUCUGCUGAAGAUGCUGAUUCUUAUCCAUAUGAAGGAGCUGAGCAUAAAUUGGAAGGGGCAUUUGCUGUAUGGGAAGAAUUGGAAAUUAAAAAACUUUUAGGUGAAAAGGAUUCGGAAAUAUUUUGUUGGCAUUUUGGUGUAAAACCAAAUGGUAAUGUUGACCCAGAAAAAGAUAUUCAAGGUGAAUUAAAAAAUAAGAAUGUUUUAAUUGAACGUUAUUCACUUGAAGAAACAUCAAAAAAAUAUGAUAUCUCGGCAGACGAGUUAAAAACAAUUUUAACUGAAUCAAAACAAAAACUUGCAAAAUACAGAUUUGAAAAAAGACCUAAACCUCAUCUUGAUGAUAAAAUUAUAACAGCUUGGAAUGCUUAUGACAUAUUAAAAGUUUCGAACUUCCUUGAUUUAGCAAGGAAUUCAGCAAAAUUCAUUAAAGAAAAUAUGUAUGACAAUGACAAGAAAAUUUUAUUAAGAAGUUUUAGAGAAGGUCCAAGUAAUGUGCAAGGAUUUGCUGACGAUUAUAGUUUUUUUAUUGCAGCUCUAAUUGACUUAUAUCAAUCAACAUUUGACGAAUCGUAUCUUAGUUGGGCAGUUGAAUUGCAAGAAACUCAAAAUAAAUUAUUUUAUGAUAAAGAAGGCGGUGGUGGAUUUUUUAAUGUUGCAGAAGGAACUAGUGACAUCUUGGUUAGAUUGAAAGAAGAUUACGAUGGCGCAGAACCCUCUGCAAACUCGGUGGCAGUUAAUAAUCUUUUAAGACUGGGAAACAUACUUUGUAACACCGAUUAUAUAAAUAAAGCUGAAGAGACAUUAAAAUUAUUUGCUGGAAGAUUAAACAAUUCUCCUCACGCCAUGCCAUUUAUGAUGUCAAGUUUAUUUUUAUAUUACAAAGGAAUUAAACAGAUAAUGGUUUUAGGCGCAGAAAAAAACGAUCCACAAAUUCAAAAAUUUAUUCAGUGUAUAAAUAAUCAUUUUGUACCUAGUAAAACAUUAUUGUUAAUAACAAAAGAUAAAAAUCAACAAGAAAUCUUGGAUUUAUUUAAAUUUAAUGAAACUAUUCAAAGUUUUGUUAAAUCAAUCGGAGAAAAUGAUGGAAACAGCAUUAAUAGUGUGCAUAUUUGUGAAAAUUUCACUUGUAGUAUGCCUAUUGAUAGUCUUGAUAUAUUGGAGGAGUCUUUAAGAAUUUAA